CCGCCAUCAGAAAUUCUACCAUUUCCUCCAUAGUAAACAUAAAUAAAUUUGUAGUUUACAUCUACAAGUGCAAGAAGCACAAUACUGUGGUAACCUUUAUAGUUGUAAUAGUAAGACCCUUCAUUGGGGGUGCCAUAAUGCAUAUGUGCUUGCCAUCCAAAGCUCCUAUUAUAUGUGGAAACUGCCAUUUUUUUUCGAACUCAAAAGCAAUUUUUGUCCAUUCUUCCUCAGUACACGGAACCUUAUAAAAAGAUUUACAAACAUUAUUAUUAGUACAAUUAUCGUUUUAUUUUAGGUCGAAGAAGACUUGCAGUUAAAUACACAAAAUACAGAUAUUACAAAUAUAGCUACACCCUCUCUCUCAGCGUACCACACAAACUGUACCACAAAAAAAUCUGCAACAGCCUCAUUAGUUGGAACUCCUCGAAUACCACAGAUUAAAAAAAGAAAAAUCGACAAUGAUGACAUGUCUACAGAGAAAUCUGUAGAUGAUGCUAUAAAGAAAUUAGCAACAUUCGGAGAUCAAGAUGUUUUUGAUAAUUUUGGUAAUCUAGUAGCUUCUCAAUUAAAAAGUAUUUCAAUGGAGGAUGCUAUAAAAUUACAAAUGGAUAUUAGUAACAUGGUAAACAAAAGACUGUUAAUGAUACAUCAAUCCAAAUCUGUUUCGUCUUCUAGACUCUCUCGUCCAUCAACUUACAAUUAUAGUACUAAUAGUACAAAUUAUUCAUCUGAUGACACCUCACUCAAUACGCCAUUAUAUGAAUACACAAAUGAGUAUGACUCAGAAGCCAUAUCAAAUAAUAUGGUAAUAUAUGAAAAUUUAAAUCCGUAUGACAGAAAAGACGUAUCAGACAAUGCUGAAACUGGAGAUGUAAUAAGCAUAGCACUUCGAGGAAUACUUAUUAAUUAA